UCCAGAAACAAUGACGAGGUGACGGCCCAGCGUGCAUUGUAAAGAACGCGAGAAAUCCAAGAUGGCGAAGGGCGCCGAAAGAUUGCCUGGAACUUCCACCAGAAUCCGAACCAGAGAUGACGGUUGCUGUUCGGUUAAUUUCCUGAAAUACGUCCUGCACAUUUACAACGUCGUCCUUUUCCUCUCCGGCAUAGUUGUGGGCGGCAUCGGAAUCUGGACGGUAGUGGCGAAGCAUAAUUACAUAUCACUUAUGGCGACAUACACCUACCCGAUACUGGCGUAUGCACUCAUCGUUGCUGGCGGGUUGGCAGUGAUUGGCAGCUUCCUGGGAUGUGGUGGAGUCACCACCGAAAAUCGAUGUGUCCUCCUUGUGUACAUCUUCGUGGUGAUGGCGGUCCUCGUCCUGGAAGCUGGAGUCGGAGCAAUGGCGCGUCUCUACGAAGAAGAAGUCGGCCUGGAGUUCAGGAUGAAUCUCAACCAAACUUUCCUCGAAACAUACUCCGUGAAGUCCCGAGAAACCACCGCCAUAGACCAGAUGCAAAAAGAGGUGAGACAUAAGGAGUGAUUAAAUGCAUAAAAUUUAAUACCAUGCAGAAAAGCCUUAGGGUUUUAAUACCUUUCCUUUAGACGUGUCGUCGGCUUUAUUUUCCACAAAUGCAGAGACCAUGAAAGGGUCGCACAGCCAUGCCAUAAAAGAUAUAACAUGUUUCUACUGUAUGCAUGAGGUACAAUGUUCACACGUUUCCUUCAGAUAUUGCACAUUACGGGUCCCCUACGUCUCGCAGUUAUCGUAAAGGCGUUCUCAUUCUUGAAGAUGUUAUCGCCGGGUAUCUUAAGUAAAUGUCUCGAAACGCAGUCGCUUAUAAACGCCUCAGAGCUGUGCCAGGAAUUUUCAAGAAUCACCGAUUUUCCAGGAAUUUUCAGGAAUCCCGAUUUUCGAAGAAUUUUCAAGAAUCUCGAUUUUCCAGGAAUUUUCCAGGAAUUGUUUAGACACGAUAAAGAGUUACUUCAUAAAUCGUUAAUUCUAAUUGUACAGUCUAAUAUUAAGGAAGUACACGAAUGUCUAUGUAAAGUAUGCCAGGAAUUUUCGAGAAUCGCCGAUAUACCAGGAAUUUAAUAGAAGUCAUUUAAGUACGAUAAAAAGAGAAGUCGGGAAUUUUAAUUCUCUAUUUAUGUAUCAAGGCUGUAUGCGAACGUCUAUAUAUAGUAUUUAGUCCUGCUUUUCCACUCUUCGGGAAGAUCCCCUCGGGGAUUAUUAUUUUCGCAAAGUGGAUUGCAAAGGACUUACACCGAGACGCUUCCAAUUAUCCUGGUUGACAAGGAAGCUUACAAUAAAUAAUCCUACCGAGAGAACCGAGUAAUUAAACGCAUUGUCUUUUAAACUGAUCAAUCGGAUUCAAGGAAAGCGCUCAAUCCUGAAUUAUUCCCAACUCCCAGAAUAAUAUCCUUUUUACUUAAAUUAUAAUUUUCUUUUAACUUGAACUUAAUUAAUUUCUCGUAAAGAGUUACCUUAAAUAUUUCCAAAUUUAAGAGGAGGUUAAAUUCUCGUCCAGGACAAAAGGUCCCCGAGAGAACUCAGUCUAAAUUCCGAUUCUACAUCGAAAAUAAACUAUUUUUUAAUCCAAAGAAUUUAAAUAAAUCGUCAU